GAUUUUAGAAAUUUAGAAAGUUACUAGCGCCGUAUAUAUCGUUUUAUUCAUUGGAGUGGAAUCAUUACUAAAACCAGUGCUAAGUACUGAAAUACAUAAUACUAAAAAAUUAUUUUCAUUUCCAGUUGAGCACGAAACACGAGCCACUAGCAGAAAUAGUGAACGAAAAGCACGCAGUUAAUUUGUGGCUAAUUAACUACAAAUUAAACAGAAAUUCUUUUGAAAUUUUGUAGUGCCGCUAUUUAGUUAUGGUGUCCUUCUCAUCACAUUUAUUGGUGGGGGGGUCACAUAAAAAAUAGUCAGUCACCUGUCAUCGUCAUGUGAUGUGAAUAAUUUUACGUCAGUUGUUGUUAAACAUAACCUAGCAACGUUAUCGAUUAGUCACUGACGUCAAAAUAUUAAAAUGUUUUGAAGUAUUUUGCAAUUUUCUUUCUUUCACUGAUUUAACAAUACACAAAUUUUUAGAAAAUGGAAAAUUUAAACAGAGACUCGCAAGAAUCUCAGGAAAAUGUCCGAGUUUUUAUAAGAAUACGUCCACUUAGUAAAAAAGAAAUUGCAGAAGCAAACGAGAACAUUGUUGUUUGUGAUCACAAAGAAAAUCUGAUAGUUUUGAAGAAAAAUGGCGAACACACGAAACCUUUUAAGUUUGAUCACAUAUUUGCACCAAACACCGCUCAAUUGGAAAUGUACCGUAUGGUAGCAUAUCCAAUAGUAGAAAAAGCAUUGGAAGGUUACAAUGGAACGAUAUUUGCGUACGGUCAAACGGGCACUGGUAAAACUUAUACCAUGGCGGGGAACCACAUGGUCCCCGAAUUUAAAGGAAUAAUACCGAAUACAUUUUCCCACAUUUUUAGCCAAAUUUCGAGGGCUAGUGGUGAAAAAUCUUUCGUAGUCAAAGUAACCUAUUUGGAAAUUUAUAACGAAGACGUAAGAGACCUUUUAUCAGCCGAUCCGAACAAAAAAUUAGCAAUAAGGGAAAGAAAAGAUAUCGGCGUCUACGUAAAAGAUUUAAUGGGCUUCACAGUAGAUUCAAUAGAAUCUAUAACCGAAUUGCUUAAUAGAGGAAAUAAGAAUCGAGUAACUAGGUCAACGUUAAUGAAUGAUGUCAGUAGUAGAUCUCACGCAAUUUUUACUAUUACAAUCGAGUCCAAAAACCGAAUUGACAAUAAAACUACAGUCGGAAAAUUAAAUUUGGUUGAUCUAGCGGGUUCUGAACGUGCUAGUCGUACGCAAGCUACUGGUGAGAGACUUCGAGAAGCCAGUAACAUUAACUUAUCGUUGUCGGUAUUGGGCAAUGUUAUUUCUGCUUUGGUAGACGGUAAAAGUACUCAUAUACCCUACAGAAAUUCUAAAUUAACAAGAUUGUUACAAGAUUCGUUAGGUGGGAAUUCUAAAACUGCAAUGAUUGCUAUGGUCAGUCCUGCUGACGUUGAUUACGAAGAAAGUAUGUGUACGUUACGUUACGCUGCAAGAGUUAAAUUCAUCAAAAACUGUGUUAAAAUUAAUGUUGAAGAAAAGGGACUUAUCGAAGGAUUCGAAUUGGAAAUUGCGGAAUUACAGCAAAAGUUGGCAGAAUUAUCUGUGCAGGAACAGAAAAAAGAACAGAAAAAGAAAGAUAGAGUCGCAAGCGCUGAGGAAAAGGAGAAAAUAAAACAAACCAACUUAGAAUUAGAAAAAACAGAACGUAUGAAGGCCGAGUUAGAAGAAAAGAUGGCUUUAAUUCAGAAGAAGAUUUUAGUUGGUGGAGAGAAUUUACUAGAAAAAGCCCAGCAACAGGCUUUCUUCCUGGAAUCAUCGGCGGCAGAAUUGGAAAGCUUAGAUAAAAGUCAUCAGCAGCUAGAGGAACAAUUGAAUAAAAAAGCUGCUGAAAAAAUUGACGUAGAGGAACAGUAUUCUUCGUUACAAGAAGAAGAUGCAGGUUUAUCAAAGAAACUUAAAAAAGUUCAGGCAUUUAUUAAAGAAGCCAAAGAAGAGCAUUCAGAUAAGGAACGCGAAUACCAAAGAGAUUUGGAGGCUCUUUUCGACAAUAAUAGGUUAUUAGUGAGGGAAUCUCAACUAGCCAACCUUAUUAUCGAUAAUUACAUACCUCAGGAAUAUUUAAAAAAAAUUCUGUCGCAUUUAAUCUGGAAUAACGAGACGCAGGAAUAUCAAAUGCGCGGCGUCGCCUACACGGGGAAUAAUAUGAGGAAGCGCCAAACGGCGAAUACAGAAACUUUCACGCCCGUUAAAUUCGAAAUGAAGCAAGUUUACCACAAGUAUCCCGAGAAGAGGCGAGAGAAACCUAAAGAGAAACGGUCCAUGCUUAAGAGCUUCUCCGCUGUACCAAAGUCACGUUAAUAGAUGUAUAUUUUUUCUUAAACAUGUUAUAUAAAGUUAAUUUAUCGUGCUAUUUAUUUAUUUAUUUUUAUGUGGCUGUGUUUUCGAUGAAAUUUAUUAUAUUUAAUGGUUAGAUAUUGUAUAGGUCUUGUUUAACCGCAUUGAUACGAUUGUGUAAAGGCGUAAGACCGUUAUUUCCAUAAAUUUCUUAAUUACAAUUUACAUCUGGUUGUAAUUAAGUCGUUUAAUUCCUAAGUAUUAAAGUUAUGUAUUAAAAUACCAUGUACCGGGCUUGCAAGUGAUAAUUUUCAUAAACAUUUAGAUACGGAAAUGUUAUAAACUAUCUGAAAUAAAUAAAAAACUUGC